UUGCUUGCCGGCGAACCUGGGUCAGGGCGUGAGAAAAGUCAAAGUAUUUGACUUUGUACUGUUUACUUCAGAAAUACAACAGGACAAAUAUGUCGCAUUUAAUGAAAAGAAUUCAGACGUGCGAUUUUGCCAGUCAUGUGCACAGAGUAGGAAGAAUGUUAAUUAAAAAGCAUCUAUUGAGAGGUUUAAAUGCCUUGAGUGGCCAAAAACUGAGAACACAGGCAUUGUCUGAUGUUGAUUCCAAAAACAUGGAUGCUUUCAGUUAUGUGAUUGUUGGAGCUGGUUCUGCAGGAUGUGUCUUAGCCAACCGAUUGACUGAAGACCCUCAGAGCACUGUUAAAUUGCUGGAAGCAGGGCCCAAAGAUACUCUUUUGGAUAGCAAAAUGCUACUGUGGAAGAUUCACAUGCCUGCUGCGUUAACCUACAACCUGUGUGAUGACAAAUAUAACUGGUAUUACCAUACGACACCACAAAAGCACAUGGAUAAUCGAAUCAUGUAUUGGCCAAGAGGGAGAGUGUGGGGUGGUUCCUCCUCCCUCAAUGCCAUGGUGUACAUUCGAGGGCAUGCAGAAGAUUAUAACAGAUGGAGUAAGGAAGGAGCUACUGGAUGGAACUAUGAAUUUUGUUUGCCUUAUUUUAAGAAAGCACAAACUCAUGAGCUGGGUCCUGACCUUUAUCGAGGUGGGAAUGGCCCACUUCACGUAUCAAGGGGGAAAACAAAAAACCCUCUUCAUCAAGCAUUUUUGGAUGCAGCUCAGCAAGCUGGGUACCCUUUCACAGAGGACAUGAAUGGUUUUCAGCAAGAAGGCUUUGGCUGGAUGGACAUGACCAUACACAAAGGUCAAAGAUGGAGCACAGCCAGUGCUUACCUUCGCCCUGCAUUAUCCCGUCCAAAUUUGUCUGCAGAAGACAGUACGUUUGUAACCAAAAUUUUAUUUGAAGGCACCAAAGCCAUUGGCAUUGAAUAUAUUAAAAAUGGAGAAAAGAAAAAAGUUUUUGCUACUAAGGAAGUUAUUUUAAGUGGAGGUGCCAUAAAUUCCCCACAGCUACUUAUGUUGUCUGGAGUUGGAAAUGCAGAUGAUCUGAAAAAAUUAGGAAUACCCAUUGUAUGUAACCUUCCAGGAGUUGGCCAGAAUCUUCAAGACCACCUAGAAAUAUAUGUACAACACAAAUGUACUCAACCUGUCACACUAUACGAAUCACAAAAGCCUCUUCAAAUGGUCAAGAUUGGUCUCGAAUGGUUCCUGAAACAUACAGGUUAUGGUGCCACUGCCCACCUGGAGACAGGUGGAUUUGUCAGAAGUCGACCAGGAGUUUCUCACCCAGAUAUUCAGUUUCACUUCCUCCCUUCCCAGGUGAUUGACCAUGGCCGUGUUGCUUCUCAGCUGGAGGCUUAUCAGGUCCAUGUUGGUCCCAUGCGCAGUACCAGCACAGGAUGGCUAAAAUUAAAAAAUGCUGACCCCAGAGAACAUCCUAUCCUUGAACCCAACUAUUUAUCAACAGAAAUAGAUGCCUGGGAAUUCCGUCAGUGUGUGAAGUUAACCAGAGAGAUAUUUGCUCAGAAGGCCUUUGAUAUAUUCCGAGGAUCUGAAAUUCAACCAGGAGAACAUGUUCAGUCGGAUGCAGAAAUAGAUGCCUUCAUAAGACAAAAGGCAGAUAGUGCCUAUCAUCCUUCCUGCACGUGCAAAAUGGGACAGAGUUCUGAUACUACUGCUGUGGUUGAUCCCCAGACCAAAGUUAUAGGAAUGGAAAACCUGAGAGUUGUUGAUGCCUCAAUAAUGCCUAGUAUUGUCAGUGGAAAUUUAAAUGCCCCAACUAUUAUGAUAGCAGAGAAAGCUGCUGAUAUGAUCAAGGGACUGCCAUCACUUCAAGAGAAAAAUGUUCCUAUAUAUAAACCCCAAACUUUGGAAACUCAGCGUUAAGUAACUCCAGUAUUCUCUUUACUCGGUGGAAGUUCUUCAUUGUAUCAGAAUCUCAGCUUUUCCUUUGUCACAUUAAAAAGUAUCAAAAACUGUGGUUUCCCACGAAUUACCUAUCUGAAAUCCCUUCUCAGUAACAAUCCAAAACAAAUCUUCAAUUACAGUCAGCAAAAGCAAUUAGAUAUAUUAAGUGAAGUUGCUUGGAAACAGUCAGCUACUACCCUCUCUAAUAAUAACUGGUGAAUAUAUUAUCAAAGCAACAACUGCAUAAUAAUAUGCCUGAUGUACUUAUUAUUUUCUGUAGGUGGAUCUUACAGUGGAAUGAACCUCAGAUCUUUAGAGAUGUGAAGGCCUAUAAUCUCCCACUUCUUCCCAGUUUGUAGGGAGGAGCAUGAAAAAUCUUUUUCGCUUUUGUUUUUGGCCCAGCGUCUCCAUAUCUCUAAUCCUGAAUUGACAUUCAAGUGGUUGGAAGAACAGUUGUAAUCAAGUCAGAAUAUGGCUUAUGAGCUUUUGGUUUUACACUGAAAUAAGUUGACCUUACUGUAUUUUUUCAGGCCUGCACCAAGUAUUAGGUAGAAAAUUCAAGGGGCACAGUUGGUAUAUUUCAGAAAAAUAUAGCCCUGACACAGUUCCAGUCAGAGCUGUGUCAUGGGGUUUAUGUUAUGCUCUUUGUGAUUCUUAUUUUCAGCUAUAUUCAAUUGUGAUCAAAGUGGUUUCCUCUUAUUAAGUAUUAAAUAUUUUCCCACUUGAGAAAAAUGGGAUAAAUUACCAUAGAAUGCUCACAAUCUGCUUGAUAUUUUCAGUGGUCCAAUAAAGGUAUUGCCUGCUCCUGGA